UUUAACAUUGAUAUAUAAAAGGUGCGUUUUUUUUUUAGUACGCACCACAGAUACUCUGCUACCCACCAGCUGCUCUGUCAGUGCAUGCCUGACUAUUGAGGGGAGCCCCACAAUUUGUUGUCAGAUAGCAGAGGUUGAGAAGUUCACAUCUGAGAUUGCUGCAUAAUCAUCUGAGCCUCUGUUUUUGACCUUCCACUUGCCUCCGAACCAGAGAACCACAAUUGACUCUGGAUACUAUGCUGCAGAUAGUGAGCUGAGCUUCCACUCUGUGUGCUGUGAUAGAGAUCUUAUUUUGGUUUACCCAUAAAGCAUAUGUCAUUUAAUAAGUAUCAGAACACUGCAUGACAAAGAUGCAAUAUAAACAUACCCACACCAAUAAGAGAGAUGUAAGAAAAGAAAGGUGAACAUGUAUCUUCACUCUAAUGUUUACUCUUCAAGGCUGUCCCUUCCGGUCUGUGAUUCUGGGUGGACGUGUUGCGUGUGUGAGCUGUUUGUAUUUGUUAAAGGGUUUUACAAUAUAUGUCUUCUAGAAAAGGAGGCAGUUUCUUUCAUUUUUAAAUUGUCGCCCAGAAAAUGAUACCUGGAAGCACAGCAACAUGCAAUCUUCAAGUCUAAUGGUGACCUGAUUUAUGAUUGUACGAUACUGCAUUCUUUAUCACAAGGGUGGAAGAAGUUCCCUUUUCUUCAAGAAAAAAGAUAUGGGAGAGAGCAUCUCCUAUUCUCCCAAAAACAAGAUUUGCUGAAGAGAAGGAAGCAGUUGCUCGAUAUUAAAUUGCAAUUGCAGAAGGAUAUUCACACUACCCAACCAAUCAACUUUGGUAGCAAGUAUGGGGCACUGUCUGAAGCAAAGGCUUUAUCAAUUGCAGAUGGAUUGCAUCAUAGAUUUUCAGAUGUACGGUUUCUUGAACGAUUGGAGUGCCACAUGCUAUGUGGUUUGAAGGUUGUGGAUUACAAUAAAUCUAAACUGGUAGUGCAGUUCAGACCGUCUUAUCUGGAGAAGAUUCUUCCAGAGGUCUAUGCUAUAUGUCUUUUGGCAGGAAGUAAUGGUUAUUCUGUUGAGAAGUAUUAUCUACCACACUCGGUACAAAUGAGAACAAUGGUACAACGAUGGUCUCCUCUCAAACAGGACAAUUUGAAAAACUUUUUGCUAGAUGUAAAACAGCGGAUAAAUGCUUUCCAUCAUCGGCAGAACCAGGUACUGGAACUCAAGGAAUGGGCCAACAGUCAAAAUAUAACACUAAAAGUAUUCCAUCCAUUCUCAUUAAAUUAUAUUGUAAUCACUGCAAGAAUGGAUGACACUCUGAAAGUAACGAAUUGUGGAUCAGUGAAUCUGGUAAUCCAUUAUGAUUCAGAUUGUUACCUACCAACAACAAUUGAUAUUGAGAGCAGUGAAAUGGAGGAGGAAGAAUUAGCUGUUGCAAAGGAACAGUUUACAGGAUUCAAAUUAUAUUAUUUGAGAGAAGCUUUUGAAAUAUGCUGUAUUAAAACCGAAAGAUUUUCAUUGUCUACAAAGGUAGAUGUACCAAAUGAAAACUUGAAUGAAGAGGUUAAUGAUAGCAUCUCAAUAUCAGAGGAUAUGAGCAGCGAUGCUGUCCCUGAACAAGUGAACAGAGAAAAUAGAUUGUUGCCAGUUGUGGAAGAAGCAAGAAAGUCCAAAUCAGAAUUGUCAGCAAAAGGAAAAAGAAACAGAAAAGGACAUAAUAGCUCAGCAUCAUCUGAAGAAAGUAUUGCGGAAAGGAGCACGACUGAUGCACCUGAAAUGAUGGAGACAAGAAAGUCCAAAUUAAAAUCUUUGCCAAAAGGAAGAAGAAAAAAGAAUAAAGAUACAAGCACAUCCUUAGCUGAGGAUGAUGAUAUUGCAGAAAUGAGCACAAGUGAUACCUCUGAAAAGAUUGCUGAGUUUCAGUUACAGUUGGAAACCAAAAGGAGUUUAGCCUCAGUCCUACAAAAAGCAAAAAAAUCAAAGCCUAAAUCUUCUACCAAAGGAACAAGGAAAACGAAAAGCCCACAUAACCAUUCCACAAACCAAGUAACAAAAGAAAUCUGUACACCUGACCAAACAAAUAAAAUUACACGUUACAUUUUAAGAAGUAGGAGAUAAUAAGUCAAUGAUGCUGUGUGUGUGUAUGUAUGUAUGUAUGUAUGUAUGUAU